CGGUAUGACAGAAAAUAUAUUCUUUGAAAUAAAAUCUUAAUUGAAUUUAAACUAGCGAGCAGUUAAGGGCUAAUCGUGAUGUUUUUGCUUAUCCCAAAAAUGUCAACCCCUUAACGUUCAUCUGAGCCAAGCCCUAAUUACGCAAGGGUUAACGUCCCACUCGACACGAUAACGAAUCCGCCAUGAUGUUAUUCGGUAUCAACUUUCCUGGGGAUCCGGAACCGAAUAAAUUAGCAAGGGGAUAGCAACCCCAAGCGAAUUACAUGCCUUGCCGAGCAAUUAAACUUUAUCGACCUUUUCAUGGCAACAGUUUGAAUUUCUCGGAAAAUAAUUGCCUAGACUUUCAAAUUAUUUUCUAAUUUUUCAAAAAUCAAUUGCCCUUCAUCGUGCCUGGGGGCUUUUUAAAAAUUUAUUGGUCAAUUACAUAAUCCACGUUAUAAGGAUUCCAUCGAUAACGAUUGGUAGUCUACUCGAGGGCUGAUCCUCGACUGAGCGUAUUUGACUGGACCAGUCGAAAAUUCAGAGGGCAAAGAAAGCUGAAGACGUUGAAAACACCACGUGCGGGUCAUGCGCAGUAGGCGCUGAAGCACGUGGCCGGUGUAGCUAGGAAGCACCAGGGGUGGCUUCCUGGGGAAGAGAUCAGUCGCGCGCCGGCCGCUGCCACGGAAGGAUAUCUGUGUUCAUCUCGGUUGAUGUAGGGCUAGCGAGCUUCAGACCCUGAAGGGGUAGGUCGGUGGGGGCUGUGCGAGGCGGCGGCGGCGCCGGUGGUCCCGGUGCUGGUUCUGGCGAUCAGUGGGUACUUUGUGGCUGGGGGGUGGAUAGGGGGUGGUUCGUCGAGAUGAGCUAUGAAGGGGGGCCUGGGCUACCUGCUAGCCUCCGUGUUCGUACUUCAGCUCGUCCAUCUGAGCUUAACCGUCAAGGCGCUGCCACCGGAAGUCAAGAUCGGUGCGAUAUUCACUCAUGACCAAAAGGAUAGCAGUAUCGAGCUGGCGUUCAAGUACGCAGUCUCCAGGAUCAACAGGGAAAAGAUUAUACUGCCCAAGACUACGUUGCAUUACGACGUCCAAUACGUCCCCAAAGAUGAUUCGUUUCACGCAUCCAAAAAGGCCUGCCAACAGGUCAAAUUCGGCGUGCUGGCAGUCUUUGGGCCCUCGGACCCAAUAUUGGGCCAGCACAUACACAGCAUCUGCGAUGCCCUGGACAUUCCGCACCUGGAAGCCAGGCUGGACCUGGAUGCGGAAGCCAAGGAGUUCAGUAUCAAUCUGCACCCCGCACAAACACUGCUCAAUACCGCUUAUCAGGACGUCAUGGUGUUUCUCAACUGGACCAAGGUGGCCAUCAUCUACGAGGACGACUACGGUUUGGUCAAACUUCGUGAGCUGGUCAGAUCUCCAAGGACACGGGACAUCGAGGUUCAUCUGAGACAGGCUGAUCCCGAUUCUUACAGGCAGGUUUUGUCUGAAAUAAAAAUGAAGGAGAUCAGAAAUUUAAUUGUCGACACGAAAACCAAGCACAUGCAUCACUUUUUACGUACGAUUCUUCAGCUUCAGAUGAAUGACUACAAGUAUCACUACCUCUUCACCACUUUUGAUAUAGAAACCUUUGACCUCGAGGACUUCAAAUAUAAUUUCGUGAACAUCACUGCCUUCCGAUUGGUCGAUGCUGACGAUCUCGGAGUUCGCGGAAUCCUCAUGGACAUGGAACGUUUUCAACCUUCGGGACAUAAAAUUCUUAACAAGACACGAGUCAUACAGGCGGAAUCAGCCCUCAUGUACGACAGCGUGCAGGUGUUUGCCGUCGGCCUUAGAACCCUCGAGCAAUCGCACGCACUCAGGCCUGCCAAUCUCUCCUGCGAACUGGAGCACCCCUGGGACGGUGGACUCUCUCUCAUCAACUACAUCAACUCGGUCGAGAUGAAAGGUAUUUCUGGACCAAUCGAAUUUAAGGAGGGCAGAAGGAUACAGUUUAAACUGGAUUUACUCAAACUGAAGCAGCACUCUCUGGUUAAGGUGGGAGAAUGGCGUCCGGACGCCGGUGUCAAUGUCACGGACACGGCAGCUUUCUUUGAGCCGGGAGAUGUCAACGUGACUUUGGUCGUCAUCACAAUCCUGGAGAUGCCGUACGUGAUGAUGCACUACGAAAAGAACUACACUGGGAAUUCACGCUUUUACGGUUUUUGCGUUGACCUCCUCGAGGUCGUCGCAAGGGAGGUCGGAUUCUCGUAUCGUCUGGAACUCGUCCCGGACCGGAAGUACGGUGCACGGGAUCCAGAAACCGGCGAAUGGAACGGCAUCGUCAAAGAGCUCAUGCGACAUAAAGCGGAUUUGGCUGUAGGAUCGAUGACGAUUAAUUACGCGAGGGAGAGUGUCAUCGAUUUUACAAAACCCUUCAUGAAUCUUGGUAUCAGCAUACUUUUCAAGGUUCCCACCAGCCAUCCGGCGCGACUGUUCUCCUUCAUGAAUCCACUGGCCAUCGAGAUCUGGCUCUACGUCCUGGCAGCCUACGUCCUGGUCUCGGUGACGAUGUUCGUCGUCGCGCGAUUCAGCCCCUACGAGUGGAACAAUCCCCAUCCCUGUCACUCGGGACCGGAAAUCGUCGAGAACCAGUUCUCUCUGGCGAACAGCUUCUGGUUCACCAUUGGCACCCUGAUGCAGCAGGGGAGCGAUCUCAAUCCGAAGGCAACCAGCACGCGUAUCGUUAGCGGAAUCUGGUGGUUUUUCACUCUCAUCAUAAUCUCCUCUUACACUGCAAAUCUCGCUGCGUUUCUAACAGUCGAGAGGAUGAUAACGCCCAUUGAGAACGCCGAGGAUCUCGCCGGACAAACGGACAUAACCUACGGGACUUUGGAAAGUGGCAGCACCAUGACGUUCUUCCGAGAUUCCAUGAUCGAGACUUACAAGAAGAUGUGGAGGUUCAUGGAAAACAAAAAGCCAUCGGUGUUCGUACCGACCUACGAGGAAGGAAUUCAGAGGGUCCUACAGGGUGACUAUGCCUUCCUGAUGGAAUCCACGAUGCUCGAUUACAUAGUGCAGCGCGACUGCAACCUCACGCAAAUCGGAGGACUCCUUGAUAGCAAAGGUUAUGGCAUAGCCACACCAAUGGGCUCACCUUGGAGAGACAAAAUAUCUCUGGCGAUUCUGGAACUCCAGGAGAAGGGCGAGAUACAGAUGCUGUAUGACAAAUGGUGGAAGAGUCCUGGCGACACAUGCAUGAGAACCGAAAAGGGCAAGGAGAGCAAAGCAAAUGCACUGGGCGUCGACAAUAUAGGUGGUGUCUUCGUGGUGCUACUGUGCGGCUUAGCCUUCGCCGUGGUCGUAGCGAUAUUCGAAUUUUGCUACAAUUCCAAAAGAAAUUCCUCGCCCGAGCGCCAAACACCGCCCAUGCCCCCGACAUGUUCAGGAUCUCUUCAAGGUAUCCCACAAGUGCAGCAACAACAGCAGCAGCAGCAACAGCAAAAUCACCAACAGGAGUCUCUGUGCGCUGAGAUGGCGCGAGAACUUUGUCUGGCCUUACGUUGCCAUGCUUCCUCCAGAAGAAGACGCGCCUGCGAGAAAUGCUCUUCGCACGUCAUAGGAUAUCCAGCGGAUAACCCAAGCGCCACGCCGAUAAACGGGAUGCGUUCCCAGCGAAGCAGCCUGGGAGUCUCGAUAGAACUGCCGUCACACAUUCACAUGCACCACCAUGGGUCGCCAAGCGAUUACGACGGUAACUAAUCUACUCUUACCGACUGUUGGUACGGGAUGAGUUUGAUUUUUUGGUUCGAAGUCGCGACGAUAGAUGUCGAAACAGUGCAGAACGUUACUUUACCGACUUCUUAAGGAUAAAGGGUAGCUCGUCGUAUCCACUCGAUGGUUAAGGGAUGAAUUCUGCCGAUCUGAGAGCAUCCCUUACGGUUUCCUUCCGUCCUUUACCCUGACGGAUAUUCUCUGUAUCCAUGAUAGAACUGAUCUCUGUACCGUGCGAGUGGUUUGACCGAAUUUUAUUAUGCACAGAAUUAACUCGUAAGGUAUAAUGUCAUUUAUCUACUCGUCUAUCUGUAAUUAAUUAAAAGAAAAAGAGGAAGAGCAUAAGGAAAGACACGUGUUAUUCGUCACUUCGCAAAUGCGCGUGUCAAAACUUACUUUGUAAAUAUACUUAUAAUCGCUUAGUGUAUGACGCGUAGAGGACAACUCAUCGUAAUGUAAUUAUAAAGUGUAACGUAUGUUAGCGCUAAUCGGUACAAUUUCGAUGUUUGGUGUCAUUUUAUGUAUGUAUAUUCAGAUAGAGGGAAUAAAUGUAAGUUCUAAGAAGACAAACGUAUAUAUGUCUGUCGUCUGUCUCGUGCUUAAAAAUA